UGUAAAUCAUGUGCGGGUGCUGAAGCCAACGGGCCCAAUGGCCUGCCAUGUGGAGCUUCGGACUGCUCUUGCUUCCUUUGGCUCGUGGCCGGAUAUGCCAAUCACAUGGCGACUGUCCCCCGGAGAAGUAUUGCUUUUCCUAUGCUGCGUGCCGCAAGUUCAUUGACAGCGAGCCCUUCGUUGUUGGCGACCUGGUCAAGGUUGACAAGCUUGACAAGGUCAAGGGAUGCCCUGGCUGGGUGGUAAUUGGGUCCAACCCCAAUGGCACCUACAAUGUGCAAUGUUCAAGCGAGGAGGAGCUGAGCCUGGCUGUUGACAAAGACAAGCUGCACUAUGCAGAUGCUUUUGGCUACAACUGCGGCGAGUUUUCCCAUACUGGGGUAUGUGGUUUAGUGCAGCUUUGCCCAUCCUCCCAUGACUCCAUCGAUGGGACGUGUCCUGGCCGCGCCCAAAACAAAACUGCUGCCUGCUACGAUCUCAACAAGGAGUUCUGCAAAAGCGUUGAGCAAAGCCCUCGACUGUGUGCCCAACCCUACCACGGUCCCAACGUCUCCGUGACCUGCUGUGCAGCAUGUGCGCGCUUUGCAACACCUCCGCCUUCGCCAUGCAAGGCUUGCGAGCUAAAGGCUUCCACUCCCAGUGUGCGUGGAUGGAGCGGUUCAACAUAUGCUGCGCUUCUGGGCUGCGCAGCGGCCCUUGUCGCAGCUGCGCUUUGCGCCCGUCGGUUGAAGUCUAGGAUUCAGUCGAAGAUGAAGUCGCAGGAACCGCAAGAGUUGGAGGAAGCUGCAGAGUACUUGCAGAUGGCUUCGCCAGAUGCAGUCCUGAAGUCCUGAGCAUUCUUUUCGGCACAAAGUGCUGUCCAUAUCAGGGUGGCCGAGGAUGGCUCAGGAUGGGUGUGAA